AUGCACGCGCUCAUCAGCAUCCUCACCUAUUUUAUCCUUGCACUCAGUGCAAACGCCGGCGUCACCCAGAAAGACUUCACCGGCAUCGGCAACAUCUACGUCUUGAACUCUAAUGACUGGCGCACCGCAUCACCUACCGCAGACAAGAUCGGAUGCCUGAACGAGAACGGGAAGCUCAUCACAGCAAACAACAAAGCAGCAUGCGGCACCUUCUUGAGGAGCGAUGUGUUUCCAUACACCCUGUCGACCAAAAAGGGAAACUGCACGUUCAACGAUGAGUCGCAAGAGCGCAACACGGAUAGCAAGUAUGGUGCGUUAGAUAAUGCAUGGAACUGCAACGCGACAUACGUGUCGACCAUCUACGACCAAUUGUAUACGAUCGACGGCUUCCCGUACGUGUUCCUUUGCUUCGGUGACGUAGCGUGUUACUAUGAUGGCAAGAAGGCACCUGCACGCGAUGAGAGGCUAUCGCUGUGGCAGUAUCACUGGGGCUCGGAUCAGAUGGGCAUCACUCCUGGGCACAUCCAGCUGCUGUUGGUGUGGAACAAGAUUGGAGAACUCCCGAAGAGGAAGGAUGUAGAUGAGACUCCAGGACCGCGGUUGAGACUUACGGAUGGAUUGCAGAUACCAUUACUGGGACAGCAGAAGAAGCUAGGAUGA